AACUUUCUCUCUCUAGUUCGUCGCCGUUCUCUGUUUUUUUUUUCACCUUUCUAUCUAGUGAUUAUUGAUUAUCAUAUUCCUUCUUUGUUUUCUUCUCAAAUCUCUCUCUGCAACACACUACAGGCGUUAUACCUUCUGAUAUUCACAAACAAGAAUUUGUUUCAACAGUGAUCUUUAACAAGAGGUUUACUAUGCUUAUAUGAGAAGCUCUGUUGUAGAGAUUUCCACUUUCUCCAUUGAUUUUGAUGAUUGUGAUUUGAAGAUUGAGAGGUAUUUAUGGAGAUGAAGAAGUCGAAAGAUGAUGUUUACUUGCCUUCUCAACUGAAACGACCUAUUAUGCCAUCUCCUGCAGAACCUUACUAACGUUGUUUGAGUCGACCUACUUGGAUUAUUUUCUCUUGAAAUAAAGCUCUGUUCAACCUCAAAUUAUGGGAGAGGGAGGUACACAAAAGCUGACAACAAACGAUGCACUGACGUAUCUGAAGGCUGUCAAGGACAUUUUCCAAGAUAAUAGAGGGAAAUAUGAUCUGUUUCUUGAUGUUAUGAAAGAUUUCAAGGCUCAAAGAACUGAUACAAGUGGUGUCAUAGAAAGAGUGAAGGAUUUGUUUAAAGGUCAUCGUGACCUAAUUUUGGGAUUCAAUACUUUCCUACCCAAGGGUUUCAAAAUCACCCUUCCACCCGAUGAUGAACCGACACCCCCAAAAAAACCUGUUGAAUUUGAAGAGGCAAUUAGUUUUGUGAACAAAAUUAAGACAAGAUUUCAAGGUGAUGAUCGCGUGUAUAAAAACUUUCUUGACAUUUUAAACAUGUAUCGUAAAGAAAACAAAUUAAUUACUGAGGUCUACAAGGAGGUUGCUGCCCUUUUCUGUGAACAUCAUGAUCUAAUUGUUGAGUUUACACAUUUUCUACCUGAUUCUUCUUCAGUAGCCUCUGGUAGGAGCUCACUAUUGGCCACAAGGAAGCACAUGAAUGUAGAAAGACCUACUGCUCCACUUGCCGAAUGUGAUAUCAGUGUUGAUCGUCCUGAGAUAGGCAAUGACAAGGCAGUCUUGAAUGCUGAGAAAGAGCAUCGGAUGCCUUGUGAAAAAGAGAAGGAUAGAACGGAUGAUGGAGAUGGUAGGGAUAGAGAUCAGGAUGAUGGAUCUUUUUUUCCACCUAAGCACAAAUCUGGUAGGACUGAUGACACCAUGGCUGAACAAUUGCAACAUAGUGGAGAAAGCAAUGAUAAUUUCGGCAUUCGUAACUGUACAGGAUCUUUUGAUGAAAAAAAUGCAUUGAAAAGUAUUUACAACCAAGAGUUUACUUUCUGUGAGAAAGUCAAAGAAAGAUUACAUCAAAAUGAUGGCUACCAGGAAUUUUUGAAGUGCCUUCACAUUUAUAGCAAAGAAAUAAUUACACGAUCAGAAUUGAAAAAUCUGGUUGGUGAUUUACUCUGUGCACAUCCAGACCUUAUUGAGGGAUUUAAUGAUUUCUUAUCACGUUGUGAGAAGAUAGAUGGAUUUCUUGCUGUUGCUGGUGCUGUGAGCAAGAGAUCCUUGUGGAAUGAAGGAAAUUUACCUAGACCAGCAAAAAUAGAAGAAAAGGGUAGAGAUCGGGACCAUGGACGAGAUGAUAGGGAUAAAGAUCAUGAGAACCAAGAAAAGGAUCGAUCUGAGAAAGUCUUUUCCAUUAGGGAUGGAGGAGCUGGCCACAGAUCAUCUUUUCCCAGCAAGGAUAAGUAUAUAGGAAAGCCCAUCCAAGAACUUGAUCUCUCCAACUGCGAGCGUUGCACUCCUAGUUAUCGACUUCUACCACCGGAUUAUCCAAUUCCUGCUGCAAGUAACAGAACAAAAAUCAGCACUGAAGUAUUGAAUGAUCAUUGGGUAUCUGUUACUUCAGGAAGUGAGGAUUACUCUUUCAAACACAUGCGCAAAAACCAGUAUGAAGAAAGUUUGUUCCGAUGUGAAGAUGACAGGUUUGAACUGGAUAUGUUAUUGGAAUCCGUGACUGCCACAAUUAAGCGCGUUGAAGAACUUCUCGAGAAAAUUAAUGACAACACAAUAAAAUCAGAAAGUCAUUUUCGAAUAGAGGAUCACUGUACAGCUCUUAAUCUAAGGUGUAUUGAACGCUUAUACGGUGAUCAUGGUCUCGAUGUCAUGGACGUAUUGAAAAAGAAUGCUCCUCUUGCUUUACCAGUUAUAUUAACGCGCUUGAAGCAGAAACAAGAGGAGUGGGCAAGGUGCCGUGCUGAUUUUAAUAAAGUUUGGGCAGAAAUCUAUUCGAAGAACUAUCAUAAGUCACUUGAUCAUCGUAGUUUUUACUUCAAGCAGCAGGACUCUAAGAGCUUGAGCACAAAAGCUGUAUUAAAUGAGAUCAAAGAGAUAUGUGACACCAAGGACAAGGAGGAUGAUGUGUUGCUUUCCGUUUCUGCCGGAAAUAGACAAACGACUGUACCACAUAUGGAGUUUGAAUAUUCUGAUCCUACCAUACAUGAAGAAUUAUAUAAUCUUAUCAAGUAUUCCUGUGGUGAAGUUUGUUCAAAUGAUCAAAUUGACAAAAUUAUGAAGAUCUGGACAACAUUCCUAGAACAAUUGUUUGGAGUUCCUUCUCGCCCUAAGGAUACUGAGGCUAAUGGAGAUGUAAUAAAUUCUAAGGAUCAGGCAAGUACCAGUUCUGUCGUGAAUAUUAAGGAACCAAACCAUUGCAGAAAUUCAGGUGAAAUGGAAAAGUCGAGCUUCUGCCAAGUGAAGUCGUCACACAAUGGCUUGAAAGAUAUUACUAUUUUGCAAAAGACUGAUGCUUUAUGCAGUAGCAAUCUUAUGCUUGCAAAUGCACAGAGUAGUAAUGCUCAAAAAGAUGCAGCCUCUGUGGCAAUCAAGCAAGUUACAUCAACUGAACAGUUAACCAACUCAAAUUUGCGUCCUUUUAAAAGGAUAGACCAAAGCUUUAGGAGAGAAGAUGGGGAUAAUGCAUCAGGGCUCUGUGGUACUACAUCUAGCAGAUAUGGACAGUAUGGGAAUCCUUCUUCUGAAGAAGGGAAUAAGACGAGCAUUUCAACAUUUCCAGAGCAGGAUGCCGGUUGUGCAAGACCACUUUUUUCUUCAAAUAGCCCAACUGUGGAACACUCUAAAGCUAAUAAAUCGUCAGAAGAAUCUUUGCGGCACUUAAGAUCUGAAAAAGAGGAGGGAGAAUUGUCUCCAAAUGGAGAUUUUGAGGAAGAAAAUUUUACUUCAUAUGGGGCUCUUGAACCAGAAGUUGUACAAAGACCAAAGGCUCAAAAUGGGCAGGGACAUGAAAAAACUUGUGCAGCUUUGAGAGGGGGAAUUGAUGCGGAUGGAGAUGAUGAAGGUGAGAGAAGUGCUCACAGAUCAUCAGAGGAUAGCGAGAAUGCUUCCGAGAAUGGCGAUCUUUCAGCUAAUGAAUCUGCUGAUGGUGAGGAUUGUUCAAAUGAGGAUCGGGAUGAAGAUGGGAUUGAAAACAAGGCUGAAAGUGAAGGUGAGGCUGAAGAUAUAACUAACAGAAAUGGUGUUGUUGAAGGCGAUGGUUCAUUGUUAACAUUUUCAGAGCGUUUACUGCAAAAUGUGAAGCCUUUAACAAAGAAUGUUUCUCCAGCAUUGCCUGGAAAAGACAGUGCUUCUCGUAUCUUUUAUGGAAAUGAUGCUUUCUAUGUGCUCUUCAGGCUCCAUCAUACAUUCUACUCAAGAAUACAAUCUGCGAAAGUUAAUUCUUCAUCCGCUGAAAAUAAAUGGAGGGGCUCAAACGGUACAAGUUCAACUGACCUUUAUGCCAGAUUCAUGAGUGCACUUUACAGUUUACUUGACGGUUCCUCUGAUAAUACAAAAUUUGAAGACGAUUGCCGGACUAUUAUUGGAACUCAGUCAUAUGUUCUCUUUACUUUAGACAAGUUGAUAUACAAGCUUGUAAAACAGCUCCAAAUUAUUGCAAGUGAUGAGAUGAACAAUAAACUUGUUCAUCUAUACACAUACGAAACAUCUAGAAAGCAGGGGAGAUAUGUUGACGUGGUUUAUCACGAAAAUGCUGGUGUUCUCCUUCACGAUGAAAAUAUCUAUCGGAUUGAAAUUUCAAACAGGCCUACUAUUUUGUCUAUACAGCUCGUGGAUAAUGGGAACAACAAACCUGAAGCAACAAGUGUUUAUAUGGACACCAAUUUUGCAGCCUAUCUGCACAAUGACUUGUUGUAUCCAGUUCCCAACAGGACAGUUAAAUCAGACAUUUUCUUGAGGAGAAAUAAGCGGAAAAAUGAAUGGAGUGAUGACUUGUCUAGCCGUUCUCAAAUAACUGAGAACCUUCAUAUUGUUAACGGUUUAGAAUGCAAGAUAGCCUGCACUUCUUCCAAGGUUUCUUAUGUACUCGACACCGAAGAUUGUUUAUUUAGAAGGAGAAUGAAGCGAAGAAAGUUGAAUCUUAGUGGGCGAAAUGAGAAAAUAGCGCGAUUUCGCGGGUUGCUAGCCAAUUCAUCAUAAGAUAUAUGUAAGCAUAUUUGGAAUAUAGCUUAAACAAGUAUAGGGUUUUUCAACUGUAAAAUGGAACAUUCUUUAAUCGGUCAUCAUCAAUAUAUAUGAUUAAAUAUUUCUUCUUCCCAUCCUUGUUACUUUUAGAAUCAAAUGAAUGAUUGGUGUUUAAUACAAACAUUCAGAUAAAAAAAAUUAUUUGUUGCUGACU